CUUCAUUCAUACCGGGACACCGCUCGAGAAGGGAGUAUCACAGUCGCGCGCUUUCUCAGUGAGGAGAAAGUUUAUUUUAGUAGUAAAAAGUUUAACUUGAACUCGUUCGGGUUGAAGAAGAAAGAAGUUAGCUAUUGUUUAUUCGACUCUGUUGCCUGCGUCCUAAAGUUUAGUUUAAACUGAGACAUCAACUCGAGUUGUUUUCCCUCCGGUCAGUGUUUAGGUCGCUGAUGGUUUCUAAUCUUGCUCUUUUACGUUUGGCUGUUUUCGCAUUCGUAGAAAAACACGGCAUCGUUUGCAUUUUCGUCGAUUAGCCUUUCUUUUUGUGUUUCUGAUAUUUUUGUGGAUUUAACGUAAUCUUUGCCGCGUUAACUUACGUUUACCGUGGAAACUUAAACUCCGCUGCUGGGUUUUAUUCGUGUCUUUCACAGGUAAGGAGUUUUGAACAACUUAAAUUUGUGAUUUACACAACUUCAAUGCUCUUUAUCCUCUACUGACAAAGAUCGUUUUGAAACAUUACUCCCGAGUGUUUCGUUGCAAACAUGGAUAAGUACGACGAUUUGGGACUCGAGGCGAGUAAAUUCAUUGAGGACUUGAACAUGUACGAAGCAUCGAAGGACGGCUUGUUUCGCGUGAGGAGAGAUUCAGAAAAUAAUCCGGAUUUUGAAGAAACCAGGAAAGUUUUUGCCUCUAAGAUGGUCAAAAUACAUAUGCAAAAGCAGCAAGAGGAGAUGGCGAAAAGCAGUUUGGCAGCAAGGAUCAAUGGUGGUCUUGCAAAAGUGUCAGAGAGCUCCAAAGACAGACCGCCCAUCAGUAGUUACAGACUGGGGAGUGAAGCAGCAGCCAAACCACCCAUCAUGUCGGGACCGAUGACUGGCAAUGCCAGUGUGAAUCCUUAUAUAUAUCAUGAAGGGCAGAGACAUCAUUCAAGCAAUCUACAUGAUGGAUCUAGCAGCAGGGGUUUUGUGAACAGUUAUGACAGUAAGGACAUUGGGAAUCAUUUUAACUCAAUACCAGUGCCUCCCCGGGCAGCACCCUCUACAAGCCCUACUGGCACAUGGGUGUCAAAGAGUGAUUACACUUCUCAGGCUCCAUCAUCCCCCCUCUUUAAUAGUUCAUCCUCCGCUGGUUCACCUGGAGUGAGUCAAAAUCAUGACGGCACUUCUCCACUGUGCCAGGGCCUUUCUCAAACCCUUGCCACAUCAGCGAAGUCUCCUUCCCAGUCACCCACAGGAACCUACAGGGCUCCGGGGGACUUGAAUCACAAGCCUCAACAAAUCAGCUCUGGUCAGCAGUGCCAACCCAUCGCUGCCCAGUGGUCUGCCACUGGCCCGCAAAACGGGGUACUUCAUAACACUGGCACCUCAAGCCCCUCAUUUGCCCUGGUGAACCCACCUCCACUAAUCCCUUGCUUCCCAGCUGAGACACCCCAACCCAAAAGCAUCGCCACAGGUCAGAGCCAAGUAAGGCUGACCACAAGUGUUCAGACACCGUCGGCUACCAUAGUGUCUUCCCUUGAUGAAUCCUCUAGCCCCUCUCGGGCACUAAAGCUGCCAUGCCAGACCCUCCAUAUGCAGACAGAUCAGGGACCAUCUGUGGCUGAAAUAAAAUUAGAAGCUCUAACUGAACGCCUGGAAAAGGAGAUGGACGUCCAGCCAAAGGCUGAGUACUUUGGCAGUUGUGUGAAGUGCAGUAAGGCUGUUUAUGGAGCCAGUCAGGCGUGUCAGGCAAUGGGCAGCUUGUACCAUGACAGUUGCUUCACCUGUAGUGCUUGUUGUCGAAGGCUCCGGGGAAAAGCUUUUUACUACGUCUGUGGGAAAGUGUUUUGUGAAGAAGACUUCCUGUAUUCUGGGUUCCAGCAGUCUGCUGAUAAAUGUAAUGUGUGUGGACAUUUAAUCAUGGAUAUGAUUCUGCAGGCGCUGGGGAAGUCUUACCACCCAGGCUGUUUCCGCUGUGCCAUCUGUAAUGAGAGUUUGGAUGGUGUGCCUUUCACUGUGGACACAGAGAACAAGAUCUACUGUGUCAAGGACUACCACAGGUGGGUGCACGCAGGUCUUAUAUUCUAAUAUUGCUUAUAAUGUUGACCCAAAGCUUAGAAUCCCAAAUUUUGUGUGUUUGAAUUUAUGAUGGUUAGCCUAGGGUAGAACUGAAGGCUUAAAGGGAUAGUUCAGCCAAAAAUUAUAUUAAACCCAUGAUUUACUCACCCCGAAGCCAUCCGAGAUGCAUAUGUCCAUCAUUUUUCAGACGAACACAUUUUCAGUUAUUUUAGAAAAUGUUUUAUAUCUUCCAGCUGCUAAACAGUAAAGUUACGAGGUUUAGCUCAUUCAAGUCAAAAAAAUUUGCAUAUCCUUUCCUUAAGAAAUCCAAACGGCUUUAGGAUGAUAAACAAAGGUGUUGUUGUAGAAAUAUCCAUAUUUAAAACUUUAUAAACGAAAAUAACUAGCUUCCAGUAGCGCCUAGAUAAGACUCUUAUGCCUCGGUUGUGAUCAUUUAGAGCCCUUUGAAGCUGCAUUGAAACUGUUAAAUAUUUCCUUCGACUGAACAAAGAAAGACAUCAACAUCUUGGAUAACAUGGGGGUGGGUAAAUUAUCAGGAUUUUUUUAUUAAAGUUGGAUAUUCCUUUAAUAUUCCUCUUAUUUGUAGUUUCUGUCUGCCUUUAUUUUAAGGUAGUGUUUUGCAAAUACAAAGCUAUCUGGUUUCGCAUUCAGUUUUCAUAUUUAUCACCCCACAUGUUCUUGAAAAUAAGAAAGCCGGGCUCUUCACUCCAGCAGGACACAAUUGAUGGAGAGCAAAUAAUAUAAAAAAGUAAUGUCUCUUUAUAUGAAGUUUAUUUAACAUAGUUCGGGAGGAGCAUGGUCAUGUGAUCCAACCAAUCAGUGCAAAGAGGUGCCUAUAAAUGGCAGUCCCUCACCUUUGUCCCCUGACAGAUUUGUUGCAU